AUGCCUCUGGUAGCCCUCAACACAGUGCUGCCGGCAGUGAAGUCCCUGAGCGACUGCGCCGACUGGUCCAAAACCGUCGAGCCCUUCAUCCCCCAACUGAAGACGCUGCCCUACGACGUUGCCCAGCAUGUGACGAGUCUUGAGGAGCUAAAGGCCAUCUACGUGGCGACGAAUCCUCUCAUCUCUGGCUUCGCGUUUUCCCUGGCCAUUGCUCCUCUCUUUCUCCUUGCUUCCGAGAUCAACAGGAACUAUUCCCAAGUGGAUCGCUUUUGGAGUCUCUUGCCGACCUUCUACAAUGCCCACUACUCGCUGUGGGCACACCUGGCAGGCGUGCCGGCUGAAAAGGCGGACAACGUAUUGGCCUUUAGCAUGCUCUGGAGUAUCCGCUUGACCUACAACUACUGGCGAAAGGGUGGAUACAAUAUCGGCUCAGAGGACUACCGCUGGGAAAUUAUCAAGUCGAAGGUCCCUGCUGCUGUAUUCUUCCUCUUCAACGUCACUUUCAUCUCCACUAUUCAGAGCGUACUGCUGUUCGCCGUAACGGCGCCGACGUAUAUCCUACUUCUGAGCUCCCACCUCACCGGGGAGGGCAUGAGCACAUCAGACACCCUCUUCACUCGCGCCCUCAUCGCCCUGGUCGUGAUUGAGUGGUUCUCCGACCAGCAACAAUGGAACUACCAAACCGCCAAGCACGCCUACCUCCGCACCGCCGUCGUCCCCAAGGACUGGCGCCGCGCCGACCUCGACCGCGGCUUCAACGUCUCGGGCCUGUGGGCCUACUCGCGCCACCCCAACUUCGCCGCCGAGCAGGCCGUCUGGGUCGUGCUCUACCAGUGGGCCGGCUUCGCCGCGCGCGCCCACGCCAACUGGUCCGCCGCCGGCGCCCUGUCGUACCUGCUGCUCUUCCAGGGCAGCACCUGGCUCACCGAGCUCCUCACCGCCGGCAAGUACCCCGAGUACGCCGAGUACCAGCGGCAGGUGGGCAAGUUCCUGCCCUGGCCGCUACGCGGCGCGUACAAGCCGCCGACGACGACCGGGACGACGACGACCGGGCCGGCUGGUGGUGGUGCUGCUGCCAAGGCGAAGGCCGGCACGAAGAAAUGA